CCGACCCUCAGAUAUGUCCUCGUCAACCGAAACUCUCCCGGCCAGCCAUCCACCCGUCGAUGCUGGCAAUGGCAAAUGCCCUGUAACGGGCCAGGAAUACGAAUUUAUCCCGCCUCAGGAGGGGGAUAUACGUUCCGUCUGCCCUGCAAUCAACGCCAUGGCAAACCACGGAUACAUUCCGCGCGACGGGAAGAACAUCAGUCCGUGGCAGAUGAUCCAUGGGCUCAAGGCGUGCUAUGGACUCUCCUCCCCGCUAGCCAUCUUCCUGACUACCGGCGGGUGGGUGCUCCUCAGGAAGUACCUCCCCGUGCGCAUCAACCUGUUCGAACUCGGGGCGCACGGGAGAGUCGAGCACGACGCGAGUGUCGUGCACGAGGACUGUCCCCCGGACCAAAAGGAUGCCCCGAUUAAGGUCCAUCCGGAGCUCGUCAACGCCUUUGCCACCCACGUCGUGCAGUCGGCCGCGAUCAAGGUCGGGCGCGGGGUCGAGACGAUGGCAGAGACCGAGGUCGUUGUGACGGGCGACGACAUCGUGCAGACGCGGCUGCGGCGGGAGAAGCUCUCGCCGCCGCUGGACCCGCUGCACGCGGAGAUUGCGCGCGGGGAGAUGGCGAUCAUCCUCGGCGUGUGGGAGCAGACGGUCGAGGGCCGCAAGGGUGUGCCCCUCCCGUGGAUGCGGCGGUGGUUGGGCGAGGAGAGGCUACCGGACGGAUGGAAGCCCGACCAUGUUCAAGGUCUACUCGAUGUGGUGAAGCGUUCGACCGCGAUGAGGAACGAGAUGAAUCGGAUCCGUGAGGAGGAAGCGAAGAACGCCAAGGACCGAUGACGAACGGGCAGACGACUAUUGGACUCCGGAUUUAAUGCGUAUUUUAGCUCACAUACCCUUGUGUAUGACCCGAUAGUAUUUUAGAAGGCUGGGUGGAUGACUUCAUCCAGCGGUAUUCACUGGACCUUGCCGAGAAGCGAAGGAAAGGCAACUGCUGCCAGUGCUUGCCUCUGAUUAGGUCACAGGCCGCAGUGGCGGUGCUGCGCAUCUUAUCUCAUCUCUUCCCCGCGCUGCUCAUUCUACACAAAACGAGAGUGUCUAGAUGGGUAGAUGGGACGAUGGCUGACUGUGUGAGGUGUUUCGCGGGGUAUCAACUUGCUCACAAAGCCCGUGUGCCGCGGGCUUGGUUUCGUUCCGUAUUCUCUGACCAAGAGGCCGGUCUAUGACAGAAUGAUCUUCAGCCGAUGCUCGUAUCUGUCACUCCCUUCCUUGAGCCAUCUUAUCAAAUGCCAAUAGGACAUCACUGCUGUAUUCUUGGAAGCAAGUCAAUGUGCAAUGUUUCAAAAUACAGUCGGUAACCAGGAGUCCUGCAUCGCGAUCUGCUCUGCCACUGUGUCCUGUGUGUCCCGCGGACGAUAAUGAGGGCGUCGGUCGGGUCGGGGUUUACUAAGCCAAAAUCGAUCACGGCAAAGGUUCUAAUGGACAAAAAUCGGCCAGCAGUACUAAAUGGGGGUCGCAACGCUAUAGUGAUCCAUACAGACACCGCGGUCGCGGACCGAGCGUAAUAUGUUGAUCAUGAAAUGUGAUGUUCAUCCCUCGUCUCUUCCAGAGAUUCGGGGACAGGCUUCAGCAGAGAGACGCUUGGUAAGAAAUGAUGGGCGAUGCUUCCUCGAUGCUUCCCUCUAGCUAUCCAAGAGGAGUAUGCGAAUGCGGCAGGGAAAGCAAAGGCCGACAACCGCCGUUACACACAGUCCAGAAAGUUCCGACCUGGCAGCGACUGCCAGGCAAGGCAUAGCGGUUCUUUGCUCCAGGUAAAUAUACACCGGCAGUCCGAUGGAGGUUCAGGGAGAACUUAGAAGAGCUGUUGUUAUUUCGAAAGUGUGCACGUGAACAUCGGUCGACCGCCGGAAACAUUCCCGCGCAUGAUCCUCUAUUACGGAAAUCAUAAGUACACGAAGAUGAGAACGACGCAUUCUGAAGAGAACGUUCGACGCACCGUAAGAGCCCUACGGGGUCUUUCCCUUACCAAAUGGCGGACCCGGUGAUACAAAACUUAAACCCACAACUGCAGUCUUGACAAACACUGCCGAGCGGCAGGUCUUCGCAGCCGAUAUAUCCAACCGGAUCAUUUACCACCUCGCAGCUGAACCUUCAACUCAAGUUCAGAUGGUCACUAGAUUGUUCUAGACUUGUCGGGGAAUACCAACUUCUUGUCUUACGCUCGGUACGAUAGGACCACCGAAACAACAAGAGCUAUCUCGACGUCGAUAGCAUUGGCCUCACGGUCCCCGGAGCUGAUGCGACGGUCAAGAUCUUGUUUGGUGCGACUGACGGCGACUCUGCCCCUGGUGACGAAAUAUCAUCGAUGACACAGUGACCCACUGCGAUUCUAGAACGAGUCCCACUAAGCGCAGACGACAGACGAGGAUCGGCGUCAUGGUUGGCGCCGGUUCGACGAUGAUGUUUUGCUUCUUCUUUCGCCGAGCGGUCCGCGACCAAGUGACCCGUGUAGCGCGCACCGAAAACGCAUUGUCGUCGGGCUCGCGCUCGACUCCAAUAUCCUCUAUCGCGCUCAAGAUCGCAGAAAGGUCGUCCGCGGACGGAGAAUGCUGGAGUGGCUGACGAAGGACGUUUCUUGCAGGCAUCAGAUUCUGCAGCUGGGCAUUCGAGAUCCGCGAGAUCGUCUGGUGAAGAUAUCAGAGAUGAGAUGGAUGCAUUCAUGAUUGUGGGUGCUUGCAUCCGGCAGUCUCCAAUCCGUAAAGGACCAUGCGACAGCCCAGCGACGCGUCGUGCCCUGCACAAACUCGGUGAUAGCAUAG